CGAGCUCAGUCAUGACGUCGUUAAGUUAACCGUUUACUAGCAGUAAGCUAGCUAGCUUCAAAAUCAACUUUAUAGCCAGCAGCAAAAUAAUAUAUUUUUAUUGUAUACCUUAACGUUAGUGUAACUUUAAAGGAAACUGAAGCAGUAACACGAUAGUAUUACUUUUACUACAGUAGUAUGCUCUUUCUUUGAAUAGCUAGUAAAAUGAUAAAGUUAAACUGUGUGAAUCUUGACAGCUUUAUGGAGGACUUUGCUCAACUUGAACAGAAAAUUACAGAGGUUACUGGCAAAAACAACGUGUUGGAGGUCAUGCUGGAAGAUGCAAAUAGACUCAUGAAAUUCUAUCUGGCCAAGGAGAAGAGUGUGGUUGAGGAGAGAGACAGUCUUCUGGUCACUGUGAACAGACUGCAGCAGACUCUUCAGGUGCAGUGCAACCUCAGAGUGGAGAACGAGAGACUGAAGAACGACAUGGCCGACCUGAAACAACAGAACGAGAGAACAGCAGAGGAUGGAGAGGCUGAGCUUCAGCGGCUUGCCAGGGAAAUGAGAGCAGAAGCAGAGAGACACCAGAGGGAGCUAGAGACUGUCAGGCAGCAGUGCAGGAGAGAGGUGGAGGCCGCCUACAGGGAGAGCUUCCAGCAGCUGGAAGCUAAAGAUGGCGAAUUGAGGAAUCUGAUGGAGAAAAAGGAUCUGGACCUGGAGGAGUUGAGGAAGAGGCUGAAGGAACAAGAGAGGGAGAGGCAGAGCGAGCUCCUUAAGUUACAGAUGGAGUUUGGUGCAAAGUUAGCCAGAGUUCAGAGCGUAGCUCAGUUGAGCCAGCAGCAGCAGCAGCAGCAGCAGCAGCACGGCUCCAGCCUUAUUCCACAGAGCGUCUUCAAGAGGAAGCUGCAGUUCUUCCAGGAGGAGAAGAACAAGGAAAUUGUUGCUCUGCGUCAGAGAAUCAAAGAGCUGGAAGAGAGCCAGCGUGGCGGCAGCUUCAGCGACAGCCGUCUGAAGAAGAGAAAGAUCUAGUUUGUUAAGAGCCAGAAGCUGUUGACGCGUCAACUCUGCAGAUGCAUGACUCUCCAGACCUCCCAGGGGGGCAGAUGUGACUAAAGUGGUUUAAAAUGAUCAGAUUUGGAUUUUAGUUUCAUUUCAAAGCUGAAUUCGGAGUUUAACUCUACUGCUUCUUAUGCAGUGUCAUACUUGACAAGAUUUGCAGUUUGAUCAGCCUGCCUGCAGGUGACCAGUGAGCAGAGAGCACAUUUAAACACAGAUCAUAUCCUGUAAGGCUUUAAUCCAAUCAGACGCCUGCAUGGCAGGGCACGAGGGAGAGGCGCUUCUGAUUACACCAGACAGCUUAAAGUCCUAACCUAUUCAGGGAGUUUAACCUGUUCAUCUCCUUUCUUUCAAAGAAAACUUGUGUUCUAUUCAUCUUGUCAUUUUGGAAAAGCAGAGCCCUUAAACUCAACUUCCUUUAAUUUGCGUCACGAUUUCCCAUUGUUGUUUAGGAAGGUAAAAGUCUGAAAAAGAUCUGCUUCCCUCAGUAGCCUAAGACUGUUAUCUGUACCCAAAUAAUUAACCAAGUAUCAGUUUCUUUAUAUUGAUCAACUUUGAAUGGCGUGUUCACUGAGGACAUGAGCAGUGACUGAUUCGAGCUCAAGACCCAUUUCUGCAUUUCAUUAUGCAACAUUUAAGAUAUGUCGAACUUUCAAACUUUCUCGAUGUCUUCUGUCUAGUGUCUGCCCGCUGGGCGUCCACUGCUCCUCACAGCUGCAUGAAGAUGCUCAGCCUGGUGAAGCGUUGACCUCAAGCUGUGUAAUCUCUUUAUCUGUGCUGCUCAGCCAGCGUCAGGGGACAGGCAGCUAAUCUCUAUGGGAACAUCGGGUAACAGCGUUGCAUAACGUUUCAUCUCCACAAAAGCCAAGAGAUCAACCUUUUAGCUACAAAACCCAGCCAUGUCUCUCACAGAGGUGUGCUUUGCUAAACCUGCAAAUCAAAGCAUUCUGAUUAUACUGUAUACAAAUACAGGUACAAAUUUGUCAUCAAUUGCUUCCUUUUAGCUUCUUUUGUUGCCACCCUGAACUAAUGUUAGCCAUUUAAAUGGUUUGGCACUGACCCAAAUUAAAACAGGAUUAGAGUGAUUAGAGAGGAGGAGACGCUGAAGAAGGUGAGCUCUCACAGAAGGGGUGUUUACAGGGAAGCUCUGGCUGUCCUUCAACUUACCUAAUGUCUCAAACAGUCGCACCCCCCUCCCCCCCAUUCUCGGCCAUCAAUGUGCAGUUAGUCUGUUCGAGUGGACAGAGAUGGAGAGAAUGACGGCUCUGUUUUGCUCAGUGAUAGGGGCCUUCAUUGAUUUUGCACAAACUGUCAGACUUCAGCAUGUAGGUGAAGA